AUGGAGCCAACAACAAGCAAUGAACAAAUUUCAGAAAAGUUGCUUUUGAACUUGAAGAGGCAAAGAACCCAGGUUCAAAACAAGCUUCGAAAAACCACAAAGACUUUAGAAGAAGUUAGUGAACUGGAUGAAAUCGAAGAUGCCCAAAGACAACUGAAAGUAAACUUAGAAAAAAAUAAGAGACAAGCCAGUAAAGGUGAUGAGGAUGGUGCUGAUAACGCUGCAUGGGUUGGUGAUGGUGGCGAUGAUAAGAGAGAUGGUGAUAGUGUUGGUAAGGAUGGAUUGUCAUCAUCAGUAAUGUCACCAAGAACUCUGGUUAGGCAAGAGGCAUCUACUACAGUUUCGACCAAGAAACCAGCGAUCAGCUUAUCAGUUCGGAAUAGAUUAUUGGAGACACUGAAAACUGCUAAGGACAAAGCCAAAGAUGACGUGUACAAAAGUAUGAAGCAAGUCUCUGUUGACGAAUCUGUUGAUGGCGCAGACGUUGGUGGUGGCGGUGGCUCUAGCAGCCGCGUUCGGUUCGACGCGCGGGAGCACGUGAUGAUGGAGAGGUUGAUCAUGCAGAAGAUGAUGCAGUUGAAACAUUUCAGGAAGUUCUUCACCGCUGAUGGGAAAUUAAAAGACACUCCGUAUGAAGAACAGAUGAACUUUUUCUUCAAAAUUUUUGACGGUAAAGAUGCUGGUGAAGCUGCUGCUGCUGCUGCUGGUGGUAGCGGCACUGGCGAUGAAGCUGGCAAAGUUGACGGCAAACGUGGUGAUGUUGUUGCUGCCGGUGGCGAUGGUGGUGGUGAAAAAAUUACUGGUGAAGUUCCUGAGGAGGGUAAAGAUACAGAAAUCGAUGAUGCAGCAGACGAAAGGUACUUCUGGGCCCCUUACUUUUACGGACAAUCUCUAGUUGAAGAGAGAGACAUUGACGUUAUGGGGAGUAAAGUUUACAUGUAUCCGUCAGUAUUGCCCGUCAUUCUGCCCCCUUCCAUGAUUCACGAUUGGGCCGAGGAGGGCUUCUACGUGGCCCGCAAACCCCUGGUGGCCGCCUCAAGUUACAACAAAAUGGAGUACCGACUGAUCGUCGAAAAGUUGGGCGGAACCAGUGAAGAAGAAGCCAUGGAUGCGGUAAAGAAAGCGAAGUUACUGAAAUGGUUUGGCGAUGAUGGCAGACUGAUAGGUCAACCGGACUGGCCGAGGGAUAUCUACUUUAAACUGGAUAUUCUGCCGGAAUACGAUUCGCGUUUCGUUACAAAUUAUCAAAAGCCAGUUAUAGGAGUGGAGAGGCAGAUAGGCCUGAAUGAUUUUUUCAGACUGGAGAUAGAUAUAAACAGCAUUACGUUCACCCACCACCAUCUAUUUGGAAAGGAGCAUGUACUGGCAUCUUUGCUGAGACAGCAAUGUAAGUUGAAAUCAGUUCGAAGCGCUUAUGAACGUGCCCGCAAGGAAGUAAGUAACUCGUAA